UGCACCUGCUGUCCCUGGUGCUGAAGGAAUUCCUGUCCUUUUAUAGUACCAAAGGUCCUUCCCUGCCUCUCCAGGCUGUAUCUCUCUAUCAUUGUAGUGAUGCCUAUUGGGCCUUCAUAUUGUCUGCCUAUCCUUGGUGCUGAAGGGCCUUCCGUUCUUUAUCCCAUUUCUUAGUGGUAAAGGACCUGGAUUGUCCGUCCGUCAUCCUUACGUAGUGCUGAAAUACCUUCGGACAGAAGCAUGGUCUUAUACAGUUUACAUUUAGUUAUUACUGUUUACCGAGGUUCCCAUUCUGUUGGUAUUUCGAUGAAUAACGUUAUAACGUUACCUCGGAGGCAACUUUAUCUUCUGACACCCGUCAACACAAUCAAAAGCCAUGAUUUCAAUUAGUGAUAUGAAUGAGAGAUACACUGUGGAUGCCAAGCUACGUCACAAGUCAACAGUCUUAGGAAGGACCACGUCCUUAGAGUUACUUCCGCAGUGGACACCUGCUUAUAUUUGACGUUUUGCCGCACUGCAAAUUCACGGACAUGAUUCACGGACAGACAGUCGACGGAAGAAUUUUUUUGAACACGCCGCCAUUUGUAGACCUUUUCACUUUAACCCUUAACCCCUUGCAUGAUACAUCACAUUUUAUAUACUACGACUCGCACUAGUUGCAGGUCGUGUUGAGACCUUAUGGCAUCUUACGUGAGACGUCAAGGCCAGCGGUUUUGAAAUGCAGCUUGGAGGAUCACUGGGUAUCUUAACUAGCUUUUUACGAGAUGGCCGACACAGGUGACAAGUUACAGCUGAAGAAACGGGGACGUCCCAGGGUGCACCCCGCGGGGAGUAGGUCACCCUUCUCCAGGUGUGUUGUGUACAUAGGCAAGUCCAUGGACUUGUGGCAACAGCUAAAGUUGGAUGGGAACUUCAGGAAUGACUCUGAGUUUGCUGCCUAUCUUCUCCAGUUGUACCAGACAAGCAGAUCCAACAAGCCUUCCAAUCUCACGGCAGAUAAUAUCUCAAAGAAGGUGUCAAGAGCUAAAGAGGCUGCCACAAAAUCAAGGCAUCAUGCUUCAGGAAAAGAUGAGGAACAGGCAGAAACAUCACCGCACAGACAUCUUGGAUCUCAAAUUAAGCAAGAUCAGAGAUCCUUAGAUGGUGCUUUCAUACUGUACAAUGAUAAACAAGAUGUUGAUCUACAAAAGAUAGAACUUGACACAGCAGUUGAUUCUCCUAUAUUUGAACUUUGCAGCCACAGUGCAGAUGAGGGGACUGCCUUGGAAAAUUCAAUGAUCACAGCUUUGUCCAAGGGUUGCAAAGGUAAAGAUGUCCCGAUCGGUAAUAAUGCAGAACAGGACACACCUCCAGAAAAUGGGGAUGGCAUGCAGUCGCUCUCCAGUGAUGUUGAAGAGAAUAUCAGUACUGCACAAAGAAGUGACUGUUUUGGCAGUGGUUUGAAUCUACUUCCGAAGAAGAGACAUUUCUGGAAUGAUAAAACCGAGUUGCACGAGGGUAAGCUUCACAACCAAUCUGCAGCAGGAUUAGAAAUGGCAGAGGAGUCUCAUGUGAACCCUCAGGAAGACCAAAUAGAUACCCGUGAGUCUGAGUAUGAAAGAGAAUGUCAGAAAACUACCCAGGAUACGUCAUCACCAACAGAGAUGGAGGAAACUAAUGAAGAGAAAGGGGAAGAUGAGCAUGAUCCAGAGGAAGAUCUGAUGUCAGACGUUCACUUGGACACAAUUGUAAAGUUGACUCCACUAUCAGAGUCUAUGAGAAGGAAAAGGAGAAGUGGUGACCAAACAUGUAGUAUUUGUGGGUCAAAUUUCCCCAGCUUAUACAGAAUGGGUAAGCAUAUGAAGACUGUCCAUAGUAUAAGCAAGCCAUUUGCUUGUGUUUUGUGCAAGAAUGUCAGCUUCAGCUCCAAAGGAAACUUGGACAGCCACACUUUUCACAUACACACAGCCGAGAAGAAGUACACGUGUGACAUGUGCAAUGCCUCAUUCAAACUUCCGCGACACUUGCAGCGCCACAUGAUUGUUCACUCUGAAGAGCGACCCUUCAAGUGUGGCAUUUGCAACAAGGGAUUCAAACACAGAGAAGCAGUGAAGCUGCACGAGAGGAAGCACAGUGGGAAGAAGCCAUACCUCUGUGCACAAUGUGGUGCUCAGUUUGUGAUAGAGAGUAGUCUGAGAUCCCACAUGGUUGUUCAUACAGAAGAGAGGCCCUUCGAGUGUACCGAAUGCAAAGCUAUGUUUAAAACUCCUGCUACUCUCCGAAUGCACAAAGAAGUCCAUACAGAGGACAGCACUCACUUAUGUGCAGUGUGCGGUGAACAGUUUAAGACAGCGCGAGCACUCAGGUCUCAUCUACGCAGACAUGGCGAGAAGCCCCAUCAAUGCUCUGAGUGCGGAAAUCGGUUUGCAAUACUAGGUGAGCUCAACCGUCACGUUAAAGUGACCCACAGUGCCAGCAAGCCAUACCCCUGCAAAGUUUGUGGAUUCCGUUUCAAGUUGAAGAACUACCUGAGCACUCAUAUGGCACGCAUGCACAGUGGCAACAGACGACCACACACGUGUGUAGUGUGUAGGGCAACUUUCAAGAUGCCGCUGGAUCUGAAACACCACAUGAGGAAGCACAGCGACCUUCGGCCCUUUCCUUGCGACCUUUGUGACUGGAAGUUCAAAACCAAGACGCAUUUGAAACAGCACAUGGACAUCAUACAUGGGAGAGGAGGGAGGGUUAAAUGUUUUGCUAGACGUACCAUCAGAUCAGCAGAUUCAAACAGUAAUACUAAAAAUGCUACAUCACCAGCACCCCACCAAAUGAAACAGAAGCCUAGUCAAGACACAGCAAGAUACAACGAUACUGACAUAGGACAGAGUACCAGUAUCAUUAAUCCCUUGACUGCAAUACACAACACAGUAGAAAGGACUCAGUCUAUCUCUAUCAGAACUAGCGGUCUACACAAUACUACAGAAAUAAACCAAAGCAUCCAGAAAGGUGAUACAACACUUCGCAGCACUCCUCAUACAAUGGAAGAGUCUGUCCUCACAGCCCCCCCUCCCUUGACCCAACCGAUGGAACAACUCCCAGGGGCAGACCACAUGACACCUCUGUCUCCAGUGUUCCGAGACACCAGCUGGUCCGACACGCUGGAUUCAAGUUUGAUCCAGUCAGCAGCUGACCUUGACCUCAGCAUGACACGUCCAAGAUGGCCGCCAUUUCAGCCCUUGCCCUACAUGUUCCAGAGACAAACAUGUUACAGUACUGAUCAAACCUCCACUGGCUAUGUUAUGGGCAGCUCAGAUCUAGUUUGAUCAGAACUAACACAAUAUUUUUGAAAUCAGAACAACAACAUAAUCUGAGUAAUGUUGCCGAAUAAAGAUGUGGACACAAUCAUUGUACGAUUUAUUUGUCCUGGGAUUUUCAGAAAGCCUAUAAUAAUGGUGUUGGCUGUCGAAACGGAUCUACAACAACCUUUUAAAUCACAGACAGAUUAAUUUUGUAUGACAUAUCUGCAACUGUGCUUAGAAAUCCCUCAAUUUGUGUCAUAAAUCUGUCAUAUACAGAACAUGAAAAAGCAGCAAACAUGUUAUUUCAGACACUUCUUGUAACAAUAUUGUCCUGACAGUACAUGGCACAGUAAGGUCUUUUCAUCCAUGUAUUUGUGUCAAGUAGAAAAGAGCAAACCUUUCUGAUAGACAUUGAUUUCUAGCACAUUGAAGGACACACACAUGCUUCAAAGUCAACAAUUUUCUUUGCUGACAGGGACGUGUUUUGAAAUAGCUUGUGUGACUUGACAACAAGGAGGUACUGAAAUAAAAUAAC